AUACAAUUUUCUCCAUGCAAAAAGGAUAAAAAGCCAGCAAUCAUAACCCCCCAAAAGCUCCCCCUUGCACCUUCUCUCCAUUCCCAACUUCUUCCUUAUAAUCAGUGUCUAAACCUAACCCUAACAACCCAAAAUUCAGAGUCUCCAAGUUCUCGUCACUGGGCUAUUAUUAGAGAGAAUGAAAGUUCCGUUUAACGCAACCCAGAGCCAUCACCCUAAUUCCAACGUUAAGCUCAACGACACUGCCCGGAAUACCAGCUACGAGCCCAAGUCGGUGCUUGACCUCAGCCGGAGCCCCAGCCCGAGCCCUGUUUUUGCCGCCGCCGGUAAGGCAGUGCCUAAAGUUGAAUUCUCGGAGUCUUCGGAUGCUCUACUUCAGUCCGACAGUGGCUGUGGUCAGUGGGACGAACACCCACUGCACAAUUUGGAGGAUUGGGACUCCUUGAUCAAGGAAUUGGGGCUGCACGACGACUCUGCCCCGGUUUUGAAGCCUUUGGAGCCUGUCUUCCAAGCUCUGCCUGAAUUCCAGUUUUCUCAAUCCUUCGAUUCCAACCCAAUUCACCCCCUUUUCAUUCCCUCCGAUUUCGCUCACUCUGACGUCUCUUCCAAUCAGAUUAUGGGUUCCUUCAAUUUCGGCGCCGACUUUAAUCACAUGAACCAGUGGGACAACGUGGUGAAUUUCCUCGACGAGCUGAUUCGGGCUGUGGAUAGCCUCGAGUCGAACGAUAUUCAACUCGCCCAAGUGAUAUUGGCGCGGCUCAACCAGCAGCUUCCGGCUCCGGUCGGGAAACCACUCCAGAGAGCCGCCUUCUACUUCAAGGAAGCUCUGCAGUGUCUCCUAACCGGGUCGAUUCGCCAGACCCGACCGACGGGUUCGUCCGACGUCGUUCAAGCCAUCAAGGCCCACAAGAGCUUCUCCAACGUCUCUCCGGUCGCCAUGUUCUCCAAUUUCACGGCGAAUCAGGCCAUCCUAGAAGCCGUGGACGGCUCGUCGUUCGUGCACGUCAUUGACUUUGACAUCGGCUUCGGGGGGCAGUGGGCUUCGUUCAUGAAAGAAAUCGCGGACAGAGCCGAGUCGAGAAAAGCCAACAAGCCGGUCCUCCGAAUCACUGCCGUUGUUCCCGAAGGGUACGCGCUCGAGUCAAAACUCAUCCGAGACAACAUGACCCAGUUCGCUCGCGAGCUCAAAAUCGGCUUCGACAUCGAGUUUGUCUCGAUCCUAACCUUCGAAUUCUUGUCCUUCAAGUCGAUCAAAUUCAUGAACGGGGAGAAGACCGCCGUUCUGCUAUCUCCGACCAUCUUCCAACACAUAGGCGCCGGAUUCCUCAACGACCUCCGCCAAAUAUCGCCGCAAGUGGUGGUGGUGGUGGACGCGGAAGGUCUGACCGACAGCCGGACGCCGUCGUUACGGAGGAGUGUGAUCGAUGGGCUGGAAUUUUACUCCACGGUCCUGGAGUCUCUGGAAGCGGCGAGUACCGGCUGCGGCGACGAUUGGAUCCGAAGGAUCGAGAAAUUUCUGCUGCGGCCAAAGAUAUUCGCGGCGGUGGAAGCGGUGGCGAUGAGGAGGUCGGGGCUGUGGAGGGAGGCGUUCGCCGCGGGGGGAUGGAGGCCGGUGGGGCUGAGCCAGUUCGCCGACUUCCAGGCCGAUUGGUUGCUUAGGAAAGUACAGGUGAGGGGAUUCCACGUGGCCAAGCGGCAGGCUGAGAUGGUGCUGUGCUGGCAAGACAGGGCGCUGGUUGCCACGUCGGCAUGGAGGUGUUAGAAAACUGCUAGGAUAAUUCUUCGUCUUAGUAAAUAAAUGGCAUUUAUAUAUAUAUAUAUUAAACAAAGGGUUUAGGGGCAUAUAUAUACACACAUAAUAAUAUGUAUGUGUGUGUGUAUCCCAAGUUAUAGAGGUGUUCGUAUAUAUUAGAUAUAUUAUUAUUAUAUUUAGGGCGCGGGGCCGGUGGCGGCGGUUUGCGUGGGUGUUCUAUGCUAGCUAGUGUUUCGUUUCAGGAGUUGGGAGGGCGGGUUCUUAGAACGUCGUGGUCGGCGGUCUUGGAUAAGCUCUUAACGUUGUGAAAUCAAGUGACCUUACAAAUGUUUUGUAGUUACUUUUCUUCUUUUUCCAGCAUAAGCC